AUAGACCUAGCAAUCAUUUUGACGCUUCUAAACAUUGAGCUCUCUAUCGCAUGUGGUAGAGCAGAGUACAGAAGAGUUGAUAAGUGCUGUCCAAUGUGUUCACCAGGUAAGUACCAGUUCUGUAUACAAUAUGGAUUAUUAUGAAGAAAAUACAUUGCAAUACCAAUCAAUCCAUGACACUGACCUUCUAUCCCACAGGAAACCGGGUACAUAAACACUGUACAGAAUUUACAAGUGCUUCCUGUGUCCCCUGUACCGACUCCACUUUCCUUGAUGAACCCAAUGGUCUUACAGCAUGCAAACUGUGUACCAACAACUGUGACCCAGGCUUUGGCUUAACGGUAAAGCAGCCAUGUAGACCUUCAUCAGACACUGUCUGUGGGACACUGGAGGGGUUCUACUGUCUAGACCCAACUAAGGAUGGUUGUAGAGCAGCCCAGAGACACAGCAGCUGUAAACCUGGUCAAUACAUCAGCCACACAGGUUGGUCUUCUGUCUCACUCAUAAAACGAAUUGUGUUGUCAUAAUUCAUUUGAGUCAAGUUAACUUCAGUGUGAAUAAUCAUUACAGUUAAUGGAAUUAAAUUAGUAGGGGAAAAAUUAAAUGCAAUUUUUAAUUAACAUUUCAACAUGUAUUUAUGCAGGAACAACAUCUACAGAUACUGUGUGUGCUGACUGCAUUGGUGAUACUUAUUCAAAUGGAUCAUUUACAUCCUGCCAGCCACACACACAGUAAGUGUGGCUCAUGCAAAUGGUUAUUUCCUUCAAAAUAUAAACUAAAUACUGCAAUACGCUAACAGUUUUCAUAAUGUAAAACAAAGUUAGAUUAUCAAAUUGUCGAUUACCAAUGGUCCAUUUCUCUUAUUAUAGAUGUGAUACCUUGAAGCUUCAGCAAAUUAAACCUGGAACUCAUUCAUCCAACUCUGAAUGUGGACCGCAGACCUCCCUUCCCAUAGCUGAAAUAAUAUCUGCUGUUGUGGUGGUGGUACUAGCUGUGAUUGCAGUAACUAUAUUUAUAAGAAAAUAUCUAUCU